GAAACUUCUCACACAAACACAUAAUAAUAAUACGUAAUAUAUAUAGAGCUCACUCUCCCUCAAGCCCUCUUCUUCCCCAUUGGACACUUCCCAUUUCUCAACCAAAUCCAUACCCUAGCCACACAACUGAAUACAACCGAAGACUGAACUCAAUACCGAACCCUAAACAUCUCACACUUACCCAAAACAAAAACAUCUCACACGUAUACAAAUCCAGUCAAUUCCUCUUCAGUUUUUUUAAAAAAAAAAACAGUUCUAAGUCUAACCCAUGUCCCAGCUGCCUGAGGAGGUGCUCACGGACAUACUCUCCCGUUUGCCGGUGACCACCCUUCUCCAAUUCAGGUGCGUUUCCGUGUCCUGGCGUGACCUGAUCGACAGCUCUGAUUUCUUUCACUUGCAUCUCAACCGGUCAAUCCAAACCAGAACCAAUCGCAGCCUCAUACUGAGGCAGGACAACCGCCUCUCCUCCCUGGAAUUCGACUCCCUUUACGGCUCCGCGGUGAUCGACGCCGUGCAGAUAACCCACCACCCCUUGUGGUGUCAGGACUACGGGACCCACGUGUGGGGCUCCUGCGAUGGGUUGCUGUGCAUGUCCAACACGAUGGAUACCCUGGUCUUGUGGAACCCGUCGACGCGCAGGUCGAGGAGGUUGCCCUACGCAUCGAUCGAGUUCCAGAACUUGUCUAGGUACUACGAGAGUCGGGUUUAUGGAUUCGGGUACGAUAGGGUUAGCCUUGAUUACAAGGUGGUGAGGAUUGUGGUGCUCAAAGGGAUUGAUGAUGGUUGUUUCGAUUUCGAGGUUAAGGUUUAUAGUGUGAGAUCGAAUUCGUGGCAUAGGGCUAAGAAGUUCCCUCAAUACCCAAAUUUGCAGAGGGCGGGUGGGGUGCUAGCUGGUGGUGUUUUGCACUGGGUUGUGACAACUGAACCGGAGGCCUUUAAUCCUGGUUUGAUUAUCGGGUUUGAUCUAGGUCGUGAGGAAUUUAAAUUAGUGCCACAGCCAGUGUAUUCCGAUGGGAAUUUCUUUAUGGAUUUGCAGAGCUUGGGGGGAUGUCUUUCGUUGAUUUGCAAUUACUACUUGGAUAGGGUUGAUAUAUGGGUGAUGAAAGAGUACGGAGUGAAUGAAUCGUGGAGUAAGUUGAUUUCGAUUGUGCAACCGGGUGUGAUUGGGCCUUUCCAGUAUGUGAUGCCCAUUGCUUACUCACAGAGUGGUGAGGAAAUAUUAUUGGAACAAGACACUAGGAGAUUUCUUUGGUACACCUUAGAACGGGAGGCAAUCAAGAAUGUUACGAUGCGUAGUUUACGAGGAUUCUCGCAGGUAGAGAUGUGGGUGGGAAGCCUUGUCCCUCUCACUGAUGGAAGUGAAAUUGAUCCGAAGAAGCAGCAAGAACAAGAGGAGAAGAAUAUGGGUAAUUUCUUGUCAAAGGGCUUCAAGCUGGUGCUAUAAGCUUUCUGGAAGAGAUAGCAGUGGAGCUUUGUUGGAUAGGUACUUUCAAUUUGGGUAUGGGAAACUUGCUAUGACAGGCCAGGAAUCGUCACUAAUUAGCAAACAAUCAGCAUUGGUCCAGGGCAUGCUAUAAGCUGCUUGUAUUGGUAACAAACUUGUUGAGGUUACAAUCUCCUACAAAUCCUAUGCGUUUCUCUUUUGCUCUUAGAGACAACUGCAGAACUUCUAGGACCUGUUUGGUAUUUUUUUCCCAUUACCCUUUUCACUUCUUUUCUUUCUGAAACUUUCAAAAACAUACCUAUGAAACUAUACAUACAGAACUUUCAAAAAUAAAAUUGAUGAAAGCACGAGAUUAUGUUUUCUGUUUGUUUCAUUUUCUUUUGAAUUUGUAAUCACUUAUCAGGAACUCUCAUUGUAGUAUGCUGAAAAUUGUGCUGUUUUUAGGAGAUGUUCCAAAAUACUACUUUGGCAACAGUUUCACGAAAACUUUUUGAGUUGCUUUUGUUUUAUACGUUUCAAACCAAACCAAAUCAAACAAUGCCUAGCUCCCAAUCAAUUGGGGCCAGCUACAUAAAUCUGUUUUUUUUUUUCUCUCUCUCUCUCUAUUGAGCUUUAUCAAGAGCAUCGAGUUCCAUAAUAUUCAAAAAAUCCUAGAUCCUUUCAAAUUACCACCUCCAAUGUCAAUUUUGGUCUUCUCUUCCCUUUAGUGUUACCCUCAAUCGUACUGAUAUCGCUCUUUCUAACUACAGAAUCAGUCGAUCUACUACAAACACAUCCAAACCACCUUAAUCUAUUUUCUUCGUCUAUCUUCAAUUGGUUCUACCCCUACCAUUCCGCGAAUGUUCUCGUUUCAAAUUCUAUCUCACAAUUUUAUCGGUUUUCAAGGACAAUAUUUUCCUGAAGCAAUACCGAACAGGGACCACCGGAAGCACUGAUAAAAAAAAAGAACUGGGACCGGAAGCUCUUUCCUUAACAGUUCUGCUUCAGAUGGCUUCUGGGUGUACAUUGGCAGAGGUGGUGCAGCUGUGACUCAGUUGACAAGUAGCUUUCUGCUAAUACUGUUGAUGAUCCAUGAGGUAUUCCUUACAGCACGUACAUGACUUUUCUGGAAGAGUCAGGAUUUGCAUCUUAAGACGGACUUCAUGUACGAAUGUUCUUUUUCUGGCCUCAUCCCAAUGUCCCAAUACAUGGGACCCAUGGUUGUUUACAUGUUAUACUUGGUUUAUGAACUUGUAGUAGCUGAAAAGCAGAACUGAGAAUACAGACUCAAUGUUGUAUACUUGGUUUAUGAGUAUGUAGUAACUGAAAAGCAGAACCUGAGCUUAAGACUUGGCUCUCGGGGUUGUGCAUUGUCUUUCCCUUUGUAAUGAUUUCUUGUUUAACCAGUAGGUAGGAAGAAACAUUAUGCUGAUAUUUACUUCAGCCGAUAUUACUUUGCAAUUCUUCUUAGUUCAUUACAAGUGGAUUGAACUUCA